AUGUCUCUCCAUAUUAUGGAAACAGAUAUGGAUACAACAAUUUUGGUUCCAGAUAUUUUGGACACAACUACGGAUUCGGCCUUGGUGGUCAUAGCUACGGAAACUAUGGUGGCUUAUACAAUCGAUUGGGUCAUUCGUUUGUCAGCAAGUCAUUCUUAUAGCAGCCACUAUCCUUAUUACAACACCUACGACAGUCAUGGAUAUAACAGGCACAAUUAUGGGCUCAAUUAUGGUUACGGACAUCGUCGAUACGGAUUAGGAAGUUUUGGUGGAAUUCUUGUCUUGGCUUUCGCUGCCAUUGCUUACUCAUCCGUAGUAGAUGUUAUUUCCCAUCGCAGCAAGCAAGGUUAUGGUAAUGGCGUCAGCAACCGCUUUUUCAGAAAGGCUCAAGGAUAUGGCGAUGGGUACGGACUCGGAUACGACGGAUAUGGAGAUGGGUACCGUGGUCUAGGACAACGAGGACUUGAAUAUGGUCGUGAUGAAGGAUACGGUUAUGGAAACGGUAAUCAAAGAUACGGCUAUGGAAACCGCAAUGAAGGUUACGGCUAUGCAAACCGCAAUGAAAGAUACGGCUAUGGAAACCGCAAUGAAGGAUACGGCUAUGAAAACCGCAAUGAAGGAUACGGCAACGGAAGAAAUGGUUAUGGAACCGGUUAUGGAAGAUAUGGUUAUGGAUCCCCCUGA